UCUAGGAAAUAAUGCAUUCAAUGUUAAUAAAAAAGAAGACUAUAUUAAGUAACAGUGAUAUGAUUUUUGAACAUAGAUAAUCUAUAUUGAACAAAUUGAUGCAAUUGAAUUUUAUAUUUAUAACAAGACAUACUUUCUUAAGCAAAAUGCCUUAUUAUGCAGUAGCCAAAGGUCGAAGACCUGGAAUAUAUGCCACAUGGGAUGAAUGUAGUGCUCAAGUUAUUAAGUUUCCUGGGUCAAUAUAUAAGAAAUUUUCAAUGGAAAGUGAGGCUCAGAACUUUAUAAAAGAGCGAUCCUCUUCAACUGUGGGAACAAAUUCUACCAAGAACCUUAUCUCUUUGAAAACUGUUAAAUCUGCGAGAUCUCAAACCUUGCCAAAGCAACUGUUUCCACUUGAUAGUAAGCAAUCUAUAGUGGUUGAGACAAAAUCAUUUCCAAAAAGAACUUUGUCAACAAGCGAUACUAAUGAACAAGUAUGUAAAAAAGAAAAAUUGCAUUAGGUGAUUGCUACAAAUCAACUCUCAAUCAGCAAUAUCUCAUCUGUAUUCUGUGAUUUUGGAAAUACGCAGAAUGAUGAAACGAACUUUAUUGUGGAUGAAGAUGGCUAUGUAAACGUUUUCACGGAUGGUGCGUGCAGUUCAAACGGAUAUAAAAACGCUCGAGCCGGCAUCGGCGUUUGGUUUCAAGACAAUCAUCCCUUAAAUGUAUCUCAACCAGUGGAGGGACGACCUACUAACAACAUGGCAGAAAUCCAAGCGGUCACGAUAGCUGCGAAGCAAGCGAAGAAAGCAGGAAUCAAGAAAUUAAAAAUCAACACUGACUCCAAAUUCCUUAUUUCUUGUAUUACGCAAUGGAUGCCAAAGUGGAAGAAACAAGGAUGGAAGACAAUACAGAAUAAACCAGUUAUAAAUAAAACAGAAUUGAUAGAAAUGGAGAAAGAAUUAGAAUCCUUGAUUGUCACUUGGAAUCAUGUGAAUGGACAUGUAGGAAUUCAUGGUAAUGAAAUGGCAGAUCAGCUAGCAAGAAAAGGUUGCUUGCGAUAUAAAAGUCAAACUUAAUAAUAAAGAUUAAAAAUACAAAACACCUCCUGUAGACGAUAUUGUAAGCUUUUCAUUUUAUUUUUGUACACUUAAUCUUUUUCUGUAGAAGCUAUUAUAUUUAGACAUUAAUUAUUAAUAAAUCAUACAUAAUAUAUUCUUUGUUUCUUAAGCAAUUAAAGUAAGCUAUUGUAAAAGAUAUAAUGCAUAUCAGAGAUACAAAAAGUUCUUAAAA